CGCCGCUCUUCUCUAACUCUCAUCCUCUCUCACAAAACACAAAGGAAGAAAGCAGAACAUGGAGGAGAUCAAGCUCUCUUUCUCACCGGAUACUCCACCACUCUCAGUAAUCGCUGCUCUCUCCCUCUCAUCCUCUCCUGUGACCAUCGACUCCUCUUCCUCCUCAACCACCGUCCCUACUUUCCUCUUCUCCGAUGGGCGAAAACUGACAGGAGCCUCUGUUCUUCUCCGACACGUUGGUCGAUCAACAAACUCUCUUCCUGGUUUCUACGGUCACGAUGCUUUUCAAUCUUCACAGAUUGAUGAGUGGGUAGAUUACGCUUCAGUCUUCUCCUCUGGUUCAGAGUUUGAGAAUGCUUGCACACGUGUCGAUAACUACCUUCAAAGUGUCACUUUCCUUGUUGGUCGUUCUCUCUCCAUUGCUGAUGUUGCUGUUUGGUCUGCUCUUGCUGGAUCUGGUCCAAGAUGGGAGAGUUUGAGGAAAUCCAAAAAGUAUCAGAACUUAGUCAGAUGGUUCAACUCAAUAUCACUUGAGUACGCCGAGCCACUCAACAAGGUGAUGGCAUAUACUGUGAAGAAAAGUUCAGGGAAGCCUGUUUCUGCUACUGCACCAAGAUCCAAAGACCAACCACAAGCUGUUAGAGCAGAACAUGAUAAAGGGAAGCCUGAAGUAGACUUACCUGGCGCAGAAGUUGGAAAAGUCAAGCUCCGGUUUGCUCCAGAGCCAAGCGGUUAUCUCCACAUAGGACACGCUAAAGCUGCCUUGCUCAACAAGUACUUCGCAGAGCGUUACCAAGGGGAAGUGAUUAUCCGUUUUGAUGACACUAACCCUGCCAAAGAGAGCAACGAGUUUGUUGAAAAUCUAGUCAAGGAUAUAGGUACCUUGGGGAUCAAGUAUGAGAGAGUGACCUACACUUCUGAUUAUUUCCCUGAGCUGAUGUCCAUGGCGGAGAAGCUCAUGCGUGAGGGUAAGGCUUACGUUGACGACACGCCUAGGGAGCAGAUGCAGAAGGAGAGGAUGGAUGGGAUUGAUUCAAAAUGUAGGAACCAUACAGUUGAGGAGAAUCUGAAUCUAUGGCAAGAGAUGAUUAAAGGAAGUGAGAGAGGUUUACAAUGCUGUGUUCGAGGGAAGCUAGACAUGCAAGAUCCUAACAAAGCUAUGCGUGACCCUGUUUACUACCGUUGCAACCCUAUGUCUCAUCACCGUAUAGGAGACAAGUAUAAGAUUUAUCCAACGUAUGACUUUGCUUGUCCCUUUGUGGAUUCCAUUGAAGGAAUAACGCAUGCUCUUCGGUCUAGUGAGUAUCAUGACAGGAAUGCUCAGUACUAUAAAGUUCUGGAGGAUAUGGGAUUGAGAAGAGUUGAGAUUUAUGAGUUUAGUAGGUUGAAUCUUGUUUACACUCUUCUUAGUAAGAGGAAGCUUCUCUGGUUUGUUCAGCAAGGGUUGGUUGGUGGGUGGGAUGAUCCACGCUUCCCUACUGUUCAAGGCAUUGUUCGUAGAGGUUUGAAAAUUGAGGCACUGAUUCAGUUCAUUCUUGAGCAGGGUGCUUCAAAGAAUCUAAACUUGAUGGAAUGGGACAAGCUCUGGUCUAUCAACAAGAAGAUAGUUGAUCCUGUGUGUCCUAGACACACGGCUGUGAUUGAAGAGAGGCGUGUCCUAUUGACACUAACUGAUGGUCCUGACGAGCCGUUUGUCCGGUUAAUACCAAAGCACAAGAAGUUUGAAGGUGCUGGAGAGAAGGCAACCACUUUCACCAAGAGCAUAUGGAUAGAGGGAGCUGAUGCGAGUGCCAUCUCUGUCAAUGAGGAAGUGACUUUGAUGGAUUGGGGAAACGCCAUUGUGAAGGAAGUCACAAAGGACGAGAAUGGUCGUGUCACUGCUUUAUCAGGCGUUCUGAAUCUCCAAGGUUCUGUGAAGACUACUAAGCUGAAGCUCACAUGGCUUCCAGAGACUAAUGAGUUGGUCAAGCUUGUGUUAACAGACUUUGAUUAUUUAAUCACCAAGAAGAAGUUGGAGGAAGAUGAUGAGGUUGCUACUUUUGUGAAUCCUUACACGAAGAAGGAAACAUUAGCACUUGGUGAUUCGAAUAUGAGGAAUCUGCAGCGUGGAGAUGUGAUUCAGCUUGAGAGGAAAGGCUAUUACAGAUGUGAUGUGCCUUUUGUCAAGUCUUCAAAACCCAUUGUCUUGUUCUCUAUCCCAGAUGGAAGGCAACAUCAGCCAUUGGCCCACUAAUUGAAGAAACUCAUUGUUCUUCCCAUUUUAUGAAAGUUUUAUUGAGAAUUUUCUUUUAAAAAAAUAUCUACUAAGACAAGAAUCUUCUUUCCUUUUUAGUUUAAAAUUGCAAACUUAACAUUUUCUUCUUUGAUUUGUGUAUUACAAUGAAGAAAAAACAUAAGUAGACUGAUUGUGUUCUGUUCUUGUCCCAUUUGAUGAAAGUUUUAUUGAGA